AUGCACUACGUCAGAUUUCUUUCACCACCAAAGGUGAUAAAGCACCGACGCGGUCCCUUGGUCCAACUGGUAUUCACCAUCACAACUGACCUUGGAGAUUCGUUCCUGUUUCCUGAGAGGUUUCUAGACCUCCAGGUCGUUGCUAUUGCAGCUUCUCCUGAAGGAAGCUCAACAUGGCUCCUUUCAGAUCCUGGUCACCUCGACUGGGAGCCUGGUAUGCGCGUCGCCAAGCCAGCAUUGGAGCUUCCCGUUGCUCUUGAGCGGGCUCUUGAAUCCGGAAUGAGAGUUCAUGUUUGUGUUCGAGCAUCAGAACCCAUCCAUACCGCUGAAAGUGUCCCGCGCAUUCUGGCCUUGUCGGCCGAGAAGAUGCGAUAUCGGAAGGAGGCUGCAGAGAAAGGCGCCGUCAUGCCAGCUUGGGUGCCAUUGACAUUGAACCCUUCUGAUACAGAUGUGUCUAUUCGAAGAAUCCUUCUGAAUGAUACACCAGAGGGCCUGGGCACGAUUGAAAUUGAGGAGGAGAUUGGAGAGAGCAUUGCGCGCCAUGUUUGGGAUGGCGGCGUGGUGGCGACAUGUGCAAUCGUGGGCAUUGAGACAGCUCCCGAUAGCGAGUCUAGCCUAAACCCCUGCAUGAUGACAAUGAAGAACAUCUUCAGCCGCCAGCAGGCCAUCCGUGUGCUGGAAUUGGGUUGCGGUGUGGGCAUCUUGGGCAUUGGAGUCGGCGCUAUCUAUCCCCGACUGCAGCCCUCUGGCGGCGAUUGCACUAUUCUUAUGACGGAUCUGCCAGAGGCUGAGCAGCGAGCCCGAUCUAACAUAAGGAGGUUGGAGAACUCGCAUCUACGCUUCCAGGAGACCCCAGUCCGCAUGCUCUAUGAAAACCUUGACUGGGAGGAGGGAAGAAAGGGUCGCUUUGGACCUCAGGUUCAAUCCGGGCCCUGGGAUCUCGUGAUGCUUAGCGACUGCACCUACAAUGUCGACAUGCUUCCAGCACUGGUGGAAACAAUUUCAGCCAUCCACGCAGCCAAUCUGACAUACUUCCCCCGAGGAGAGCCGUUCACUACAAAAGUGUUCCUCGCUACCAAACCCCGCCAUGAGUCAGAGGAUGUUUUGUAUGAACUGAUGGAAAAGGAAGGCUGGUACAGUGUGCACAAGCAAAUACUGCCCAAGCCUGUUCUUGGAGGCACGCCUCAGUUUAUCGAGCUUCAUCUCUUUGAUAAGUCUGGGCUGAGCGAUGGUAAGGGCCCAGGGAAGUGGGAGGCCAGGAAAUACGAUCACAAGGAGAAGAAGGACGAGGAGGAUAGCGAGAAGUCUUCGGAAGACUAG